GCCACCUCUUCAUGAACAUGUCAGCCAAACUGCUGGUGUGUGUGCUGCUUCUCUCAGCCUUCAGCGCGUGCCCCCACGCGAUGGAGUACGAGGAGGAGGAGGAGUACGAGGAUGUCACUGUGAACCAGAUGCUGGCUCCGAAAACCCAGGAGACGGACGCCACGCAGAUCCUCAACAACUUACUGAAGGAGUACGACAAGAAACUGCGGCCCGACAUCGGCAUCAAGCCGACGGUCAUAGACGUGGACAUUUACGUGAACAGCAUCGGGCCGGUGUCGUCAAUAAACAUGGAAUACCAGAUUGAUAUAAUUUUUGCCCAGACGUGGACAGAUAGUCGCCUUAGAUACAACAGCACAAUGAAAAUAUUGACUUUGAACAGCAAUAUGGUUGGAUUAAUAUGGAUACCCGACACCAUCUUCAGAAAUUCCAAAAAUGCUGAAGCCCAUUGGAUUACAACGCCCAAUCAGCUGCUCCGAAUCUGGAACGACGGAAAGAUAUUAUACACUUUGAGACUGACCAUCAAUGCUGAAUGCCAACUGCAAUUGCACAACUUCCCCAUGGACGAACACUCCUGCCCCCUCAUCUUCUCCAGCUAUGGAUACCCUCGGGACGAGAUGAUUUACAAGUGGAGGAAGAAUUCAGUGGAAGCAGCAGACCAGAAAUCCUGGCGACUCUAUCAGUUUGACUUCAUGGGAUUGCGAAACACGACUGACAUUGUGAAAACUACUGCAGGAGACUAUGUGGUGAUGACGGUGUACUUUGAUCUAAGCAGAAGAAUGGGCUACUUCACCAUCCAGACCUACAUCCCCUGCAUUCUCACUGUGGUCUUGUCCUGGGUCUCCUUCUGGAUCAAGAAAGAUGCCACUCCAGCCAGAACUGCUCUAGGUAAGCAAACAGGUGAAGGUAUAACAACUGUGCUCACCAUGACCACGCUCAGCACGGUAGCCCGGACGUCUCUGCCUAGGGUGUCUUACGUCACAGCCAUGGACCUCUUUGUGACCGUAUGCUUCUUGUUUGUGUUUGCGGCCCUGAUGGAAUAUGCCACCCUCAAUUACUACUCGUACAGUGUCCGCAAGCCAGCCUGCAGCAAGACUAAAAGAUCGAACUACUCUGUGCUGGACGUGGGCCCACCCCCGACUGUCAUCACUCUGAACAACUCCAUGUACUGGCAGGAGUUUGAGGAGGCGUGUGUCUACGAGUGCCUGGAUGGCAAGGACUGCCAGAGCUUCUUCUGCUGCUACGAGGAGUGUAAGGGCGGGGCCUGGAGACGGGGGCGAGUCCACAUAGAUAUUCUAGAACUGGACGCUUACUCCCGCGUCUUCUUCCCCACAUCAUUCCUGCUGUUCAACGUUGUCUACUGGGUGGGAUAUCUCUACCUUUAAUGAACUGCCGUUCCAUGGAGAACUUUG